CUCUCUUUCUCUCUAUGGGGUCCAAAGCGAGGAUAGGCUUCGGUCCUCUCCUAUUCCACUGCGUUCUUUUAGCACUCCUUGUGGCCUCCUCGCAUGGCGUAAUAGUGGGGAGUUCGAAAGGGGGAUCAGGGAGCUUGGCCCGGUGCAACCUGUUCCAAGGGAGCUGGGUCUACGACGAGUCAUACCCUCUCUACGACUCGGCGAGUUGUCCGUUAAUUAGUACAAUCGAUUUCGAUUGCCGGAAGAGUGGCCGGCCCGAUACGAAGUACCUCAAGUACAGGUGGAAGCCCGAUGGCUGUGAGCUCCCGAGAUUCAAUGGCAAGGAUUUCUUGGAGAGAAUGCGGGGGAAGACGAUAAUGUUCGUGGGGGAUUCAAUAAGUUUGAAUCAGCGGGACUCGCUCCUCUGUUUGCUGCAUGCGGCAGCACCCAAUGCUAAGUUUAAAAGGUCCUAUAAAAACCCGGUCACUAGUUAUAGAAUUGAGGACUACAACAUCACGGUGUCACGUUGCCUCGCACAGUAUCUGGUGGACAUUGUCCCUGAGAAGAUAGGGAAUGUCAUGAGGCUGAACUCCGUGCAACAAAAUGGGCAAAUCUGGCUUGGCGCAGAUGUUCUCAUCUUCAACUCGUUCCUCUGGUGGAACCGCACCAAUCCCGGCCGACCAUGGGACUAUAUUCAGGAUGGCAACGAGAUACUUAAAGACAUGAACCACACGGAGGCUAUGGCGAAGGCUCUGAACACAUGGGCCAGAUGGGUGGAUUCCAACAUUGAUCCAAAGACACAGAAGGUCUUCUACUUCGGACUUCCCCCAAUCCACCUGUUUGGAGAGAACUGGGGCCAGCCAGGGAAGACUUGCGUCGGACAAACAGAGCCACUGAUGGCGAGGACGUACCCGGGAGGUCCAAUUCCGCAGGAAAGCAUAGUGCGAGGCGUCUUGGGAAGUAUGGCGAAGCCAGUCUACUUGCUUGACAUAACUUUCCUCACGCAACUCAGAAAAGAUGGUCACCCGGGACGGUACAGCGGGGGUGAUUGCACGCACUGGUGUUUAGCUGGAGUUCCGGAUACGUGGAACCUAUUGCUGAAUGCUGCCCUUCUUGAAUGGAACUGAAUUUCUUUUUUUUCCCUCUGGAAAUAUAUGAAAGCGUCGCAAAUGAGAAGAUUUUCAUGUAAAAUGGGGGAGAAAAAGUGUAAUUACUAGAAUCAGUUGCAUGGGUUGUUUGCUAUUUUCUUUUCUCACUAAUAAUUAUCGUGGAAUGCAAAAGUGAGACAAUGAGGACACCUAAAUGGGAAUG